AUGGCUAUGGCGACAAGCCAGAAACUCGCAUAUGACUUCUCUGUUCUUCCCACAGAGCUCUGGGCUGCCAUCGUGAAAAGCCUGGAGAGCGCCGACCUACGGAGUUGUCUUUCGGUCUCGGGACUGUUUCGUGACCUUGCGCGCCCUCUCGUCUUCCAUCGCAUAAUAAUACGUGUCGGUGUAUGGAAAGUGGAGGAAGAUGAUGAACACAUUCUCUACAACGACGUCCAGCUCGCGGAACGACGCGCUGUCAGGAACAAGGACAUGCUGCGGUAUAUCGCACGGGACGCACAGUUCGCACGGAUCGUCAAGGCAGUCCACGUGCGAGCAUACUGCGAGUGGGGAGAAGAGACACAGCUGGACAACACACUGAUGAUCCACGCACUACAAGCGCUUCCCCAUCUGCGGUCAUUCCAGUGGCAUGGCAUCUCACCGGCACUGACACUUGCAGUAUUUGAUGCGCUAGUAAAGACGUGUGGGACAUCACUCAAUGAAUUAACUAUUGGCUCCAUGCACAACCAUGGCGGAGCUCCGGAGUACCUCGCGCAGUUCACGGGCCUGCAAGCUCUCUCACUAGCAGGGAAUCUCUGCGACCUGUUCCAUUACGGAGAGCCGGAGCCCGACCCGUUUGUCAUGACCAGCGUCCAGCACGUGCCCACCACCGUCCUCCACCUCCGAGUACUGGGGGAUGCAGUAUGGGACACCCCGCUGCGCGUGCUCUCUGGGCUAUACGAGCUCUCUUUGCAACGCGCGGAGAACCUUGGGAAACUGGAGGUCGUCUUUCGAACCUGCGCGCAGUUGCGGACGCUCAAUAUCUUGACUGUAAGCGCCACCGGCGGGGCACAAGCUCUCUCCGCGUUGCAGGCCGCGCCGGACGCUCUCCCGUACCUCACGUCGUUCAAGUUCAUCUGCGCGUCAGAGGUGGCCAACGUCAAUCCUGACGCGCUUCCCGCGUUCUUCAGGAACAAGUCUGGCAUGCGACGGCUCGACCUCAGGCUCGACAGCCCGCUCGAGGAUUUGGACAUCUACACUCGAUUCCUGGAUAUCUUCGCUGGUCUUCCGGAGCUCGCGGUCGUGGGACUGAUGUUCAAUGUCCCGACAUUCACGCGUGAACAUCUGCGAUUGCUGGACGAGCGUCUCCCGCUAGGACUGUCCGCGCUCCUGCUGAGCUGGGCAUCCUACUCUGCCGACGACACUGUCCAGAAAGAAGACUGGAUUGCCAUGCUCAAGCGACGCCUGUCGCUGGCCUAUUUCCAUGUCCUUGUGCACAAAUUUGACUUGUGCGAGCUGCUGCUGAAGGAUCCCCCGCCCUCCCUCAAACUCGUCGGGUACGGUUCUUGCAUAAGCAGUCUCGAACGCGACCCGGCGAAGGGUGAAGCCGCCUACGGACCUAUAUGGGACGAAGAGAAGGUGGGCUUCCGGACAGUGGAGGAUUUCGGAUGUGAGGACUGGGAGUGGCUGCUGCGGAGCCACGACUGGGCCAGUCUGCAUUCGCUGAAGCCGUAUGAUUAUUCCAAGGAAUGCUGGCGCCACGUCCGCUAG